AUUGAUGUGGCUUCUGCACUGGAUUACCUUCAUCAUCAUAGCCCAGUGCCAAUCGUUCAUUGUGAUCUCAAGCCGAGCAACAUUCUUCUGGACGAUGACAUGACUGCCCAUGUAAGUGACUUCGGGCUGGCAAAGUUUCUCUCUGAAUCUACUAACUCAUUCUCCAUAUCUGCAAGCUUGGUGGCAAUUAAAGGAUCAGUUGGAUAUAUUGCUCCAGAGUACGGUUUGGGAAGCGAAAUAUCAACUCGAGGAGAUGUGUACAGCUAUGGAAUACUUCUCUUGGAGAUGUUUACUGGAAAGAGACCCACUGAUGAAAUCUUUAAUGAAAGCCUAGAUCUUCAUCAAUUUGUUGAGACGGCCUUUCCUACUAAAAUUAUGAACAUCAUAGAUCCGCAAUUGAUACGAAAGGAAGAGUAUGAAAUUGUCAAUGACGUACGACAAAGCUCUAAACGAUACAAGAUACUAGAGUGCUUAAUUUCAGUGAUUAGCGUUGGGCUACAAUGUUCCAACAGAUCACCCAAAGAACGAAUGCAUACAGGAGAUAUUGUAAAAAAAUUGACUGCAGCGAGAGAGAUAAUUGGCAGGGUCUGAAGUCAUAAAGAAUGGUCCACAAAUAUUAGUAAGACAUUAUGAAGGCUGACAUAAGCAUACAUUAUAUAGCUGCUGUUACUUCCUU